CAUGGUGAUGUGUAUAGUGUAUGUAUUCUUCGGGGCGCUCUGGCUCUUCUGGUCGGCCUGUUACUGGAAGGAUCUGUUGAGGAUCCAGUUCUGGAUCGGAGGAGUGAUCAUCCUGGGCAUGCUGGAGAAAGCAGUCUUCUACUCCGAGUACCAGAGCAUCCGCUACAGAGGAGACUACGUCCAAGGUGCUGUAAUCUUUGCCGAGUUGCUGUCUGCUCUGAAGAGAUCUCUGGCUCGGAUCCUAGUGCUCAUAGUCAGUCUGGGCUACGGCAUCGUCAAACCCAGGCUGGGCACCACAGUCCACCGGCUAGCAGCAGUAGGCCUGCUCUACCUGCUCUUCUCCUCUGUGGAGGGAGUGCUGCGCGUCACAGGAGGUUUCUAUGGGACCGUAGCCCUGGUGGCUAACCUGAGUCUCUCCCUCAUUGACUCCUGUGUGAUGUGGUGGAUCUUCAUAAGCUUGUCCCAGACCACUCGUCUCCUGAAGCUGCGUAGGAACGUGGUGAAGCUGUCUCUGUAUCAGCAUUUCACCAACACACUCAUCUUCUCUGUUCUGGCUUCUAUUAUCUUCAUCAUCUGGACGACCAAAGUGUUUAAGCUGGUCGACUGCCAGACCGGUUGGAGGGACCUGUGGGUGGACGAUGCGUUCUGGCGCCUCCUCUUCUCCACCAUCCUCCUGGUCAUCAUGGUGUUGCUACGACCCUCCGCCAACAGCCAGAGGUUCUCCCAUUCCCCUCUGAUCGAUGAAGACGAUGAUGAGGAUGAAGCCAAGGAGCCCAUGCUGAAUGAAGCCUUUGAGGGGAUGAAGAUGAGAGGCACCAAGGCUGAGACUAAUGGAUCCCAGUCACAGAAACUACUGAGUAAAGAGGAUGAAGACCUGAAAUGGGUUGAGGAGAACAUUCCCACAACUGUUGCUGAUGUAGCCCUCCCAGUAAUGCUUGAUGAAGAAGAGGAAAUUCUGAAAACCAAGAUGGAGAGAUCCAAAAUGGAAUGACCGAGUGGAGGGGUUUCACCGAGGCAGCCAUUGAUGGAGUUAAAUGAAGACCGAGUGGAGGGGUUUCACCGAGGCAGCCAUUGAUGGAGUUAAAUGAAGGGACCCAUUAGAUCCUAUAUUUAUGUCCAACACUUUUUUAUGUUCCUUCAUUUUGAGCACCGCCAUGCAGCCGCUAAUAAACUCUACGGCUUUGCCAAAUGGCUCCCUAUUCCCUCUGUAGUGCACUACUUUUGACCAGGGCCCAUAGGGUAGUGCACUACUUUUGACAAGGGCCCAUAGGGUAUGGGGCCCUGGUCAAAAGUAGUGCACUACAUAGGGUUCCGUUUGGGAUGCUCCCACAUAGGGUUCCGUUUGGGAUGCUCCCACAUAGGGUUCCGUUUGGGAUGCUCCCACAUAGGGUUCCGUUUGGGAUGCUCCCACAUAGGGUUCCGUUUGGGAUGCUCCCACAUAGGGUUCCGUUUGGGAUGCUCCCUGUCACGUGGCCCAGUGGCUCAGUCAGUCUGCCAUUGACACUUAUCUAUAAUAGUAUUGACACAGUGCAGUCUUAUCAUUUGUCUAUUUGCUAAAUGCAUUAUUAUGUGUCACUGUGAGGCUUUUUACGUCCGUUUCUGCCACCACCUCCCAAGAUAAUUAAUUUGACGUCCACCCCCCCCCCCCCCCCAAACACAGCCUGUGUGGCCAGACUAGGCCCACUGACCCAGUAAUUUAUUCUACAGACAACAUAUGGUUUUGUAUUGUUAAAUUGUCCUGCAUUUGUUUUUUUGUUUAGCAGGAAAUAAGGACAGCAUCUAAUGUACAGUAAAGUGGGUCUGUGUUGUAAUUUCUUUGUUACAUUAAUGUAUGCAUUUUUUGCUGUUUAUUCUGGGAUUAAAGUUUAUAUUAAAACCUCGU